AUGACUUCACCACAACCUCCGUACUGGCAGCACCCUCAGGGACAAACAGGAUAUCCAGCCCAGGAACUACCUGGUCAGACGUACUAUCAGAACCCACAAGGUCAACAUCAACAACAACCGUAUGGUUACCCUCAGCAGGGGCCACCAGGAGCCCAACCCAAUCAGCAGUAUGGGUAUCAAGCUCCCUCCGGUCAGCAACAGUACCCUCCUUCGGGUCAGCAAGGCCAAUAUCAGCAACCGCCUCAAGGAUAUCCGCAACAGGCCCCGUAUGGUCAACAAGUUGCUCCUCAAUCUCAGUAUGGGCAGCAGCCGCCACAAGCUCCUUAUGGUCAAGGACAAUAUCCGCAGUCUUAUUACCCACCUCAACCUCACGGCGCUCCUCAGCAAGCUCCACCUCCGCAUCCAGAUCAACAAUGGCAUCAUCAAGCAGGACAACAGCAAUACAGUGCACCUGCAUCCAAUUUUGCGCCAACACCAGCAUCGCCAGGCUACGACCCAGCUCAAAAGGCUUGGGUUCAGCCUGUCGACACAGCGUCCGACGUCGAGGCUCUUCGAAAGGCGAUGAAAGGCAUGGGCUGCGACGAGCGAGCAUUGAUUCGUAUCUUAGUAAGCCCAAAGUACGCCAAUCCUUGGAAGAUGGCUCAGCUUGUACGCGACUACAACAGUCGCUUCAUGCGUGAUCUAGCCAAGGACAUCGAGAGUGAAACUCGUGGCGACUUUGAGACCUGUCUCUUAGCCUUGAUUCGUGGACCGCUGGAAAAUGAUGUCUGUAACCUAUCAAAGGCCCUCAACCGCGCAGGCACCGACGAAGAUGCUCUAAACGACGUGCUCUUGUGCCGUUCAAAUGCGGAUAUCCGAGCUAUCUGUGCCGAGUACAGGCGUGUCCGAGGAAAAGAACUCCACGUUGAUGUGAAGGACGACGUCGAUGAUACUCUGUACAGACUCUACAGCAUGGUGCUCUCAGCUACUCGCGCAGAGGAUAGUGCGCCUGUCAUCCCCGCAGAGAUUGAUCAGAAGGUCACGGAGCUUCAAAGGGCUACUGAAGGAACGAUUGGCGCCAACGCAGUUGCUGUGGCGCAAAUCUUCACCAGCAGUAAUGAAGCCCAGUUGCGUGCCGUCAAUGAAGCGUAUCGCUUCAAGUAUCACCGUAGUCUCGAGACUGUCAUCGAGAAGGAGUUUCGGGGUGACAUGGAGGAUGCUUUGCUACGGAUAUUAUACCAUGCUUUGGACCGAGCUCGCUCCGAUGCGGGACGACUACAGAGGCCUUUGAACAAGUCUUUUGGGAAGAAUCGUCUCUUUAUCAAUAGACUUGUCAGUCUAUACUGGGAUCAAGGACGUUUGCAUCAGACGAAUAUGGCAUACAAACCAGUGACGGGCUCAACCUUGGCCGGAAACAUCAAGUCUGAGCUGAGUGGCGAUUACAAAGACUUUGCUUUGGCGAUAAUCGGGGAGAAAUAG